AUGGCCACGAGUAUGCUCGUAAAUCCAUGGUUCGCGAACCCGUCGAAUUUCCGGUACGAUCAAAGACACUACAAAAAAGAUUCGAGAUUUGUGAUGGACUUAUACACGUUGACUUACGACUCGCACGAGAGUCUCGAUUGUCACGGUGUUAUGAACAACAUUGUAAGUGUAUAUUUUUGCAAAUUUUUAUAUAUCUGUUCCAAUAAUUAUGACAUAGGUAUUAUUGUAUUAAGGUAUUACCCUAUGCGAUUUAGGUUUAUGCAAAUACGUAGGUACCUACCGUAGGUACCCGUACCUAUAUAUUAUACGUGCAUCCGGUUUUUGUUUUUAAAAACACUAACGUGGAAAGUGAAUGGCAAAACAACAUCGACAAAUGUAUAAAAUAAAACAUAAUUUGUAUUUGAUAUUAUCUAAUUUUUCUUUUAUAAAUAAAUAACUUUCUUUUUUUGUCUCAAUAAUGGUGCAGGUUUCAGCAAUAAUAUAAUGUGUACCUAUAAGUCUAAAAAGAAAUUAAUUAAGGAAUGUACAAACCUAGAAUCCAGGAUAUUACCUAUAUAUGGAUAUCUCAGGGUGUUUCGUAUAGUUCCGAUUCGAUAUCAAUAUAAAACUCUGGAUUUCAGAUUUGUAAGUUUUUACAGGUACCUACCCAUUUUUUAAUUCUCCCGUUGUGCUAUAUACAUAUACGAAACAUAAUUAUUAUUUUUUAACAGAGUCUGCAUCCUACAAAGUUUAAUAAGGUUAACAACUGCAGUGGAGCUUAUAUGAUAAAACAAAAUGUGCAAUUUAAAUAGUUUUAGUAUUGCAUAAUUUUUAAAAAUUAUUAUGAACUAUUUUUAUCAGUAGGUAUCUAUAAUUACUAGAAGUAGGUAUUUUAAGUGGACUAAGCAUAAAAGUUAUUUAAAUUAUAUAAUGCGUGUUUUUCGAAGUUCCAAAUAAAAAUUAAUCAAUUUGAAAAUAUCGAUGAACAGGGAGAAACAACGAUUUGACACCUGAAUUAACCUUUGUUCUUUCUGUUCAAUAUUUUUAAGUUUUUCUUUUUUUUGUAAACAUUUAUACUUCUAGAACCUUGAGUUAUAGUGCCUCUAUUUAUAUUAUUUUUAAAACUAAAAGCAAAAUUUAUUUUUAUAAUAACCAAGAUAAAUAUUUUAUAAAUAUAUUUCGAAAUAUAAUUUUGGUGUUACAAAUAUUACUAUUUACAAGUGAAAAAUAGAAUAUAAAAAAGUUAUCAGGUAUGUAAAAAAAAUUCUUUUAACGCGAUAAACCAUACCUAUUAUGACCUAUUAAAAAAACUUAAUCAGCACAGUGUUAAAAUGUAUAGGUAAUAAUUACAGUAAUCCUAUUUAAACAUUAUCCACAGUGUACCACAAGGUACCUACAGUUUUAGGACCUCUGUAGUUUUAUCAUUUUCACAGUUUACUUAAUUCAGAAAUAAAUGCAAAAAUAGUAUAUUUUGUAGACGACAAAACCUUGUUAAUUUCUAAUAAAUCCUAACUUAGUGGUAAAUAGUGUUAAACUAUGGUUUGACAGUAAUUUACUGCAAUUAAGUUUAAAGAAUACUAAAUAUAUGUACAAAAUAAUAGAUUUAAUACCUAUAUCUACCUAAUAUUGAUUAUAAAUUAUAUGUGCAUUCAUCAACUUAUAAUUGUGGAAACAGUAGCUUGAAAUAUUUUUGUUUAGAAAAGGUACCCGAAUAUUAAAUUAUUAAAUAUCUUGGACUAUAUUAUGAUAAACUAAAAUGGAAUAUUCAUAAUAAUUACCUAUUUGACUAAAGUAGUGAAAAUUAUUUUACAUUAUAUCUUCAAAGAUAAUUGAUAUACCAUUGAAAUAAUAUUCCAUUGAAACGUAUAAUUUAUUUAUCCAUUGUACAGUCUAUAUUAAUGUUUGAAAUUGAAUUUUGGUAUUAUACCUAUAAUAGUCACAUAGGUAUUUUUUUUAAAAAAACUAUUAAAGAAAUGAAUAACCUUUAUUUUAUAUAAAUCUGAAUUUAUAGUAGGUACUCUAAAAAUUCAAAAUUAAAUCAAAUCUUUAAAAAAUAUUUACUACUUCUGCUCUAUCAGUUUAAACACAUCAGUGUGUUAAGUUUUGAAAGCAUAUAUAUGUAAUAGGUAAAAACAAAAAGCUGAUACUGGGGAUGGGAGCGGCCACUGUUGUAGGUGAGAAGUUGGGAAGAUAGGAUACAUAAGGUUAUUUCAUUUAUAUCGGUAAGCAACGAUAAAUCAUUGUUUGACGAAAGACGAUUCCAAGCGCAGUUCGGUAGUACAUAAUUUGAAGUGCCGUAUUUAUUUUUUGCGAUUUUCGUUUCAAUUUGAUUUCAAAACGCUAAUUAAAAAAAAAAAAAAGUCGUCCGAUAAUUUUGGAAAUUUUACCACGUCUAGGUAAGUUUAAUAUAAGUAUUAUUAUCAAGUUUUAAGUCUUUACGUGUAUUUAUAACCGAAUUACAGCAAAAACACUCCCAAAAAUUAAAAUUCCUUAAAAGCUCAAAAGUUUUGGCGGUGUUACCGUAAAAAGUAAAUCAAAUAGGUACUUGUGAUUUUUCGAUUAAAUCGUUUGUUCUGGUAGAAAACGUCGUCCGUUUUUAUAAAAUAAUGAAAUCGUAAAAUUGUAUGUUUUCCUACGUCUUUUCCCACUUUAUCUAGACAACUUGAGCUCUCAGAAAAGGUGAUCCAAAGGAGCAAGCUUACUAAGAAAAAACGUCUCCACAGAUUGGCAGAAAAAAAAGUAAACAUCUUAAUAAAACCAAUAGCUCCCUCGCUACGCCCGAAAUCUAAAAUUAUGAACUUAAGAAAUUUUCAUCGAGUGCACAUCUAUAUAAUAAAUAUUGUACAUUAUGCUAUUACACAAUUAUAUAUCUAUUGACUACCUACUCUAAAUUUAAAUUUUGUUUUCAUGAGCUCAUCAAGCUUAUUAGAUACAAGCAAAUGCUUUCCAAUGAAUGAUGUGUAAUCAAGAUACGUUUGAUAGUAAUUUUCUUAUUUAAACAUGUAUUAUUUGGUUAUAAAUAAACAAAUAUAAUAUAAUAUAUUAUGCAAACAAUUUAUCAAAAAAAGACCUCCAAAAUUCAACAAAUAAAGUCUAUUGUCAUUUUUUGAUAGGAGCAAAAUUUCAAGUAAAAAAUGGUUAAUAAACAUUAAAAAAAAAAAAAAUGUCCUCUAAUUCAUAUACGAACAAUAAUUCGUUUGAAUAUUAUCAACGAAACUAGAUCGAAAUAUAUUCAUAACUUAGUUUUAAAUAAAAUGCAUAGUUAUGUAAACCAUCGUUUAUAUUGGUCUGUUUGUACAGCUCAUAUUGGAUCAAUAUGUCAAAUUUCGCAAUUAAGUAACAGUCAAACCCAAUAUAUUAUCAAGCAAUCCAUUAUAAAUUGUCACAAGUAUUCACGAAAACACCCCCGUAAUCGAUAUUAUGUAGAAUAUGACUACGUGGGAUUUCAUUAAAAAAUAGGUCAAUGUAAAAUUUAUUUUCCCGUAGCAGCUGCUGCUAGCGGCGGUAUCUGCCCAACGGGGCGACAGCUGAAUUGAGAGGGUAGGUACUUGUUAUUUUGUAAAUACUUAUUUUAUAAUCUCCAAAGUAUCGAAAUGCUAAGGAGUUAAAUUAUUGAAUAGCCGUUCAUUAUUUCAAUUUUUUUAUUCGAGUUUUUUUUCGUCCAAUUUGGAAUUUACUACUAUGAAGUAAUGAAAUAAAAAAAAAAUCGAAUGAAUGAUAGUCGAUAGGUGACUGAUAAGACGGUCGAGUUCUAAAUUAUAAUUGCUAGCGUUUUGCGUUUGUGUAUGUCGCCCGUCAGACGUCCGGCGACAGGAGCAUAGACAACUCUAAGAGUCUCAACAUUUAAAAAUAAUAAAAAUAAUUUAAACAGAACCUCUAAUCGGUCUUAAAAUAAUUAUAAUAUGUUUUAUUAAAACCCUUAAAAAUGAAAUCAUUAAAGUGGUGUUAGAACCGUACGAUUAAAUUGCUUAACUCGCGUACCAUGUCCGAUCAUUCAUCGUUGGUCGCUACGUUCAGAGAAAAACUACGGCCAAAAUACGGAAAGUCCAAUGCCGCGAACAGCCGUUAUAUUAAAGAAAAUGUUUAUUUCAAUGGUAUAGCCUUGAAAGAAUCACUGUUGCAUGACACGGAAUAUCCGAAAACACAAGUACCCAAACGUGUAUUAUUUGGACACGACAAUACUUUGCAUCCGAACAGUAGCAAAUGCUUUCAAUUGCAAAAAGGGUGUUUCAUAUAUCAAAAUCCAGCCAGCUUUAAUAAUGACGAUAACGACUUUAUUCACAAAUUUACUAACAUGUCUAUGAUCAAUGAGUUUGGGGUCGACAAUAGCAAUUUUGAUCAUUCUUUAGACACAGAAACAUACAAAAUGGUUGGUAAUAAUAUUAUGUUUAACCAAAAUGUUUGUUUUUUUUUGAUUAGUCAUAAUAAUGUGUCCGUCUAGUUUUGUACUUCUUUGUAUAUUGUAAUUUGUAUUUACAAAUAUUUUUUACAUUUGAACAUAAAUAUUUGGUUUUUGUUGAUUAAAUUAGGUACUGUUUAUUUAUGCGUCAAUAAUUUAUUCAGUAAAUACUUAUACUUUUAUAGGUAUAUAAGUUUCAAAACAUUCAGAUUAGUGAGUGAUAAAGUUUGAUAAUUUGUUUCAGAAAAAGAAUGACCGUGAAGAAAUUCGGAAACGUUUGGUAGAUGAUUACCAUAACACAAGGAAGUCCACAAAAAAGUCUAGUUUAGAAUAUAGAUUGCAAAACGGUACAAUUUUAACAAACAAGAUUUAGGAAAUUAAUUAUUUCAUUAAAUUAAUAAGACUUCACAUUUGAAUUUAAUCAAUUUAUUUGUCUAGUUAUAGAAGAAUUUAAUUUAGCUGGUAUAUUUUGAUCAUAAUUUAAUGUUACAGGGUCAAAUCUCCAGUUAUGUUUUAUGAACGAACAAUCUUCUGAUACAGAGUUGCCGAUAAACGAAUGUGAUAUUUCAGCUGAAGAUGGGAAAAUGAAGUCUGCUGUAGGAAAAUAAUUUUUAUAUUCUUAUAUUAGUAUAUUACUCAACAUUUUAUAGCAAUUGUAAUAAUAAUUUGUAGGCUGAGCUAAAACAAGGUCUAAACAUGGCUAAAAUCCGUGCAAGGGCACAUAUGAUUUCAGAUCAACGAAUUUGUGUGAUUUCAGCUGUAAUUAAAGAAAGCCUUUCAAAAGUGAGUUAUUUUAAAAUACCUAAGUAAAUUAUUAGAUUAUAAUGAUUUAUAUUUUUGUUUAGGUUGGAGUAAAGUUAGACAAUGACAGAAGACGUGUCAGCAGACACUUUUUAAUGAGAUUAAAUUUGGCACAGCUUCAAGUAAUUGUUAAUGAUCUGCAUUCUUAUAUUGAAUGUAAGUGAUAUUAAAUGUUAUUUAUAUAUACAAGUGAAGAAAUCUAUGAUAUUUAUUGUUUCAGAUCUGAAUGAAAGUCUGGUGAAUUUGCUAUUAGAAAGAGAUGAAUUACAUAUGGCCAAAGAUUCAAUGUUAGUCGAUAUUGAAGAUUUAAAGCACGUUACACGCAUGUCUUAUUAA